GGGAGGGGGGAAGCUUGGGAGGUAGGGAGGCACAUCUGCCUCCCAGCAGGGUUUCUCCAUUAUCAUUAUUUUAAUUUAAAUCGCAAUUGCAAACAGCCGGAAGCAAGAAAGAAAUCUGAAACAACGUGCGAGAGCAAAACAUCAAGGUUUACAGCACGCUCAGAUGCCUUUGUGGUGCAAGGACGGGGGGAAAUUUGGAAAAAAAGGAGACAAGCUUUUGUUUCUUGACCAACAAGGAUUCAGAGAUCGUAACCUGAGGAAUCGCCUUUGAUGCCAGCACAGUUGCAACAGUUUGGAUCCCAGGGCAGGUUCCGGACCGUCGGGCUUGGUGGUGCUUUUGCCUGGAAACCCUCUGAAAAGGACAAUGGAAGAGCAGAACCUCAGGGAUCACCCGCAAAAGAAUGACCCUCGCGGAGGGGAAUCCCCGCCCCAAAGGACAAGCAGAGAGAUCAAGCAGGAACCGGAUGAGGGAUCCCUUCAGCAAUGGGAAGCUCAGUGGCGGGAGUUCCUGAAGACAGUGGAGACCCCGCGUUCGGGGAGCUCUAAACCGCCCGAGGAUCCGUGGGAAAAUAGCUUGGCCUUCCUGGACUCCUUCGAGCAAGUGGCCCGAGCCUGUCGGUGGCCCGAGGAGGAAUGGGUGGCCCGGCUCCAGCCAGCCUUGAGGGGAGAAGCUGAGCAGGCCCUUCUGAACCUGGAAGGAUGCAGCAAGGGGGAUUAUGGGAAAGUGAAGGCAGCCAUUUUGCAAAGGGAUGCCCGGCGGCGGGAGGAACAGCGCCAGCGUUUCCGGCGCUUCCGUUACCAGGAAGCGGAAGGGCCCCGAGGGGCUUACAGCCGACUCCAGGAACAUUGCCAGCAGUGGCUGAAGGCGGACGUGUGCACCAAAGAGCAGAUCGUGGAGCUGCUGAUCCUGGAGCAGUUCUUGGCCAUCCUACCGCCGGAGAUGCAGCGCUGGGUCCGGGCGUGCGGCCCAGAGAGCUGUUCCCAGGCCGUGGUCUUGGUCGAAGACUUCCUUGGGAAGAAGGAAGAGCUCAACACGUGGGAACAUCAUGCAGGGGUAUUAUCAGAGGAGGCAGCAACAAUCUCCAGAAUUAGCCAAGCUGGAUCUGAGGCUGGGUGGAGGAUGAUGUAUGUGGAGACCAAACAGGAGAACGAUGACGCCUGUACUGAUCUCUUAGGAUCUGAAUGGAAAAGUGAAACGGAGGGGAAACCGUGUGGGGAUUUCUCUGAAGAAACCGAGCAGGAACCCUUUGAAGAGAAAGUCUGGAGCCGAGCUCAACCCACACACCGAGAAAGAGACCCACAAGGAGAAUGGAUCGAUAAAUCUCUUCCUUGUCCAGUCGGAGAGCUCCAUCCGAUCUCACUCCAGGAAAACAAUGAGGGAGGAGAGGAAAGGAAUGGAGCUCUCCGUGAUCGCUGGGAAAUGUCUUCCGUGACUGAAACCCAGAAAAGUAUGUUUGGGAAGAACCCCGGAGAUAGGGAAACACUUUCGGAAGGAGAGAGUUCAUAUACAUUUCUGGAAAACGGAGAGAAGUUUCUGGGCCCUUUAAUCCCUCCUUUGGAUCGAGCUGUCCUUGCUGAUGGACAACACCAACCCUCUGAUUUCAACAAAACCUUUCAUGGUCCAUCCACCCUGCUGAAACCGCCGGGAGUCCCCAAAGUGGAGAAGUUGUACAAAUGCUUGGAAUGCGGGAAGUCCUUCAGUCGCAGCGCCCACCUGACCUCCCACCAGAUCAUCCACACUGGGGAAAAACCGUACACGUGUUUAGAGUGUGGGAAGAGCUUCGUUCAGAGUGCCCACCUCGCCUCCCACCAGAUCAUCCACACGGGGGAGAAGCCGUACCGUUGCUCAGAGUGCGGGAAAAGUUUCAACAAGAGCACCAACUUUUUGAGGCACCAGAAGAUCCACAAGGGAGAGAAGCCACACCAGUGCGCCGAUUGCAACAAGACCUUUUCCGACAAGCCGAGCCUAAUUCAGCACCAAAGGGUUCACACGGGGGAGAGGCCCUACAAAUGCUACGAGUGCGGGAAGAGCUUCAGUCACAGGGGCAGCCUCAAUGCACAUCAGCGGAUGCACACGGGGGAGAAGCCGUACGGAUGCUCAGACUGUGGGAAGAACUUCCGGGACCAAUCGAGCCUUAUUAGACAUAAGAGAACCCACACCGGGGAGAAGCCCUACACCUGCUCCGAGUGUGGGAAAAGCUUCAGCCAGAGCACAAACUUGACUUUGCAUCAGAAGGUCCACACUGAGGGGACGUUUCCGUCAGAUUCCCCCCAAAUACUUAACACAGGGAUGGGCGUAUUAGUCUUUCCACAGAAUCCUGCAAACGGUUUAGUGGCACUUGAAAACUAAGGGGCACUUGGCUCAAUAGUAGUGACUGUGAGGGGGAUCUUGGAGUCCUAGUGGACAAUAACUUAACUAUGAGCCACCAGUGUGCUGCAGCUG